AGAGAGACUGGUUCCGUCUAGAAGAAGGAUUGAUUAUAAUUCUAAUCCAAAUUAUUUAAAUUAAGUAGAACUAAAAAUAAAACUUUACUAAAACUUUUACUUAUUAUCGUCAAACAUGACGACUUAUAGGUACAGACGUCCAGGGAAUACGUACAAACAGAAAUUAGAUGUUUUAAAACGCAUGAUUGUGGAAUAUGUCCAUGAAAAUGCUGCAAUAGUAGAUGAACUGGAAGAAGUUCAAGCCAAUAUCAUCAUAAGAAAGGAAGAAAGAAAAUUUCUAUUAAGGAAACUUUGCGAAUAUGAUUCUCAGAUUGCAGCCGAAGUGCAGAAUCUAGCCAAAGGCUCUUCAGUUGGUACUACCUCAGACAUGAGAAGAAAAAAGAAAUUUGUGCCAGAGUCUGGUAAUAUACCAUGGAACUUGAUUCAGAGAUUAAGGUGUUUUAACAGUACAGUUUUAGAAAGGAGAACUUCUAAUGCCAAAUCCCGUAAAUUUGCAGUUAAAGCUAAGAAACGGUAUGUGCAACCUAUACCUGUUGAUAACACUGGAAAACCUGUUUUUCCAAUAGAACUAGGAAGUUUAACUUUACAUUCCUUAGGAGAGGUAGUUUCAGAUCGUCCAGAAUUUCAUUGUGAGGAUGCAAUUUAUCCUGUAGGUUAUGUCUCAACUAGAAUAUAUGGUAGUUUAAGCGAUCCAACAGUCAAGUGCGUGUAUACAUGCAAGAUAUCAGACAUUGAUGAUUUACCUAGGUUUGAAAUUGCGGCGGACGAUGAUUGCUCCCCAAUUACUGGCGACACACCAGAUGUAUGUCAUUCAUUAUUGUUACAAAAGAUAAACGAUUCUAUAUCGCUCAAUGUUGUGAGUACUCGACCUAGAGGACAUGAGUUCUUUGGUCUUACGCAUCCAACUGUUCUAAAUUUAAUUCAAAGUUCUCCUGGAACUAGAAAAUGUUUGAAUUACAAGUGGACAAAAUUUGAAAUAUUCAGAAGCGGAGAAGUUAAUCAAGAAUAUAAUGAUGCCGGAUUGAAUUUUGAUUAUUUGCAAAGAAGCAUCAACUUUUGCAAGUACAAAAUGGCUCCUGAUGUCUUACAAAAACCUGGUUUUAUUGAGACAGUGUGAUUUCCUCUUAUAAUCUUUAUUUUUAGAAGUGAUUGUAUUAUAU